AUGGCACUGAGGAAUGGAUUCCUGAUCCCCGAUCCAUUUCUGGGUCUCAUCGAGCUCAAAUGCCAAUGGGUCGCCGAGAAGACAUGGACGUAUCGCACGACACUGCCACAUCGCGCCGUAAGGACUGCGGCCUCAGGCACGAAACAUGUGCUUGCUUUCGGACUCGACACGUUUGCGACCGUCAAGCUGAACAACACCGCCGUCCUCACAAGUGACAACAUGUUUGUUAUGCAUCGCGUGGACGUCACCAAACUCGUAGCCGAUACCUCAGAUGCCAUAGUCUUGGAGAUUGAGGUCCAAUCCGCUCUCCUACAAGGCCGCAGGAUCAAAGAUGCGCACCCAGAGCACAGGUGGGUGGGAUUCAACGGUGACAUGAGUCGACUUGCGGUACGUAAGGCACAAUAUCACUGGGGAUGGGAUUGGGGCCCGAACCUCAUGGCGUGUGGUUCACUCUGCGACGUGAACGCGAUUGUCGAACUCCGCUUCAUCAGUAUCGCAAGCGGGGAGGAUGUCAGAGACAAGAUCGCGCGGCACAUUACCGUCCUAGCCAACGGGACCACCGAAGUCUUGCAGGGCACCAUUGGCUGUACAUGUGAAGAACCGCACGUUAUAGCCGCGCGCCUCAGUGUCGAUGGGGAAAGCAUACACCGCAGCGUCGACUGGCAUCAACCGCUCAAGUACUUGGAUAUGGAGGACCGGAACGUCGAGGUGGAUUUCGAGCAGGCCGAGGGUCGUGUUCGCGUUAGCGUCGGCAAACCGACUAAAGGCUUUGUUUUUGAAGAGCGAGAUGGUUUGGUUCUAGAAGACAGCGCUCUGGAUCUUGUUGCUGGCGAUGAGCAUGUAAUCAAGGUCAGAGGCUUGGGUAGAGGGCAGCAGCCCCUGGGCUGGACGUAUCUUGGUGCGCCUUAG